GGGCUCCGCUCUCUCACUGUCAGAUCAAACCGAAACUCGCUCCGUUGAACUUAACCACAGGAUCUAAACGAGAGAGGAUUGUUGGACUAAGGAGUUUUAUCACACUAAAGAAGACGUUGGACACAAGAAAAUACGCAAUCUGAGUCAUGACUUUGAACAAAGGAGACAAGUUCCGGAACAUGGAUAAAAGAAGAGGCAGCAUGCCGUUCCCUAUGCACCUGCAAAACCUCCACAGACGGAGCAUGCCCGUGGAUGACCGCGAGCUGCGCGCCUCAAUGCCUCCGGUGCCCACCGAACAACUAUCCAACCUCAUGCGCUGCACGUCCUACGGCCCCGGCGAGCAGUACCGAGACAGCUGCGUCUCCGAUUCAUCGGACUCCGUUAUCUCCUCCGGCAGCGAUUCGGAAGGACAGGUGUACAAGGUGGUUCUUCUCGGCGAGCAGGGAGUGGGGAAGUCCAGCCUGGCACGAAUCUUCGGAGGAGUGGAGGACGGUCACGACUGUGAGGAUGCAGGAAACACAUACGACAGAUCAGUCGUUGUGGACGAUGAAGAAGCGUCCAUCCUUCUGUAUGACGUCUGGGAACAGGACACAAGCCAGUGGCUGAAAGACCAGUGCAUGCGGAUGGGAGAUGCGUACAUCAUCGUCUACUCCGUGACGGACAAGGCCAGCUUUGAGAAGGCGUCCGAGCUGCGAAUCCAGCUGCGCCGUGCUCGCCAGUCUGAAAACAUUCCCAUCAUCCUCGUGGGCAACAAGAGCGACCUGGUGCGAUCCAGAGAAGUGUCUGUGGAUGAGGGGAGUGCCUGUGCGGUGGUCUUUGACUGCAAGUUCAUCGAGACGUCUGCCUCGCUCCACCAUAACGUGCGCGAGCUGUUCGAGGGCAUCGUGCGGCAGAUCCGACUGCGCAAGGACAGCAAGGAGGAGAACGCGCGGCGCAUGGCCAGCUGCAAGCGGCGCGAGAGCAUCAGCAAGAAGGCCAAGCGCUUCCUCGGGCGGAUCGUGGCGCGCAAGAACAAGAAGAUGGCCUUCAGGCAGAAGUCAAAGUCCUGCCAUGACCUGUCAGUCCUCUGAACAACCCAGGCCUGCUUUCGCUCUCUCUCUCUCUCUCUCUCUCUCUCUCUCUCUCUCUCUCUCUCUCCCUCUCUCUCUCUGUCUUUGUUUUCUCUUUCUCUCCUUCUCUCUUUUUUGAGCUAUCUGCCAUCGGACCGGACGCUGUGUGUUUUUGACACUACAUCCCACCCUAAAAUGGACUGAUUCAGCUGUACAGAGAUAUAUUUGCAUAUUUUAUAUUGUAUAACCAUUAACACAAGAGUUACAAAUUAAAACAUAUAUAUAUAUUAUAUAUAUGAAAAAUAGACAAUGUAGAUGAUGAACCUGCAUGAAGCUUUUUGAACUUUCCUUUUCUUUUUUUCCUAUUCCGUUUUGCUGCCUUAAAUGUAUAGCGGUUGAAUUCUACCAUUGUAAAUACGAUGUAGAUCCACGACAAGGGAUUUUGAGGGUUGCCUUGGUGAUGGAAUGUAAUGAGUGGGCAUACUCCACCGUGCGGUCAGCCGUUUGUACAUUGGUUAGAAAUAUCCACUUUGUGACCUCAUGAUUGGUCAGGCAGGCAACAGUAGCUUCGGAAAAGCACAGCUAGUGAUUUCUCACAUGAUGUUAUCUGUCAUCUGGAAUCGUAUUUUACUUGAAACUGGGUACGCAGGCUCGUACUCCACAGAGAUCCAGGAACUGCAUUGGGGUGGGGGGUCAAAGAGGGUUGAUACGUUUUUUUUUUUUUGGAAGGGACAUUUUUCUUGCCACAAUCAAACCCCUGGUGUGAUUGAGUGAAAACAGACCAUAGACAAGCAAUAAAUGAAACCUGUGUUGUGAAUUUACUGUUUCAAACAGUUUUCAAAGAGAUUGAUUUGCACUUCUGUUAGAUAUUAUUCAACUGAAUUUUGUUAUAUGUUUACAUUGAGGUUUUGUAAUAAAAAAAAUGUAGUACAAAAUAAAAACUACAAAGAUA